AUGUCGGGCAUAACCGCAAUAACGGUCGGCAGCGGUUAUGUAGCGGACGACCGCGCGGUACAUGCUCUCGGUAACCGCUCGAUAACCCCCGAGGAUAUUAUUCGCGAUGCAGCGCACGCGGAGGUCGGGCGCUGCCGCCGCGCCGUGCCAGCCGGAUUUGCCGGCGAAUUUAUUGCCGAUAAGUUUGGCCUGGACCGGCAGCGUUCUUGGCACAAAACAAGAUUCGGCUGCCAGCAAAAGUACAAAAGUUUCAUUAAAGAUAAAGAACCACCCUCUCAAACUUUACACUUCACAGUAAUUACCAUCGAAGCGGAAUUUAUCUACGAAAAUAAUAAAUGA